CGAGCACGCUAGCUUCCGCGCGUUGUGCGGCGCAUGGACCUGGUCUCGCCACCUCCCUGGACCCUCACACCGAUGUUUCAAGCAGAGGUCUCUUCAACACCACGGUCCGCAACCUCUUGUCUGACCUGACGCGCUGCUUCUCUGAGCGGACUUUUGUUGUCUGCGUUCUCUUUUCUCCAGCGACCAGCCAUUGAAUUGUGUGUGGUCCUGCGAUUGCCGCUUCACAAUUUUUAGUAGUGUCCGAGCAACAUUUUAUCUGAUCAGAUCGAAUCAUGGGCAAACUGCACUUCCAACCACCUGCUGACCUCACGGUCGCGGACAAGCUAGUAUUGGGUCAUUUGCAGAAAGAUUAUGAGCAAAUUGAGUCCACGCCUCCGGCUGUACCUAUCGAUGCUGCAGAGGAGUCUGACGAUUCUGUUACCAAACGCACGGAUUUUGUAUCACCUUCCCCAGAGGAUACUCAAGAAAGCGAGCAGCAGACUAUCGCCUACCUGAAGAGUGUCAACAAUCCAAAGUCAGAUCUCUUCGAAACCUCAGUCUUUAGCACUUGGGACAUUGCUGAUAUUAAAAACCCUGCUUUGCGAAAAUGGAUCAUCGAUCCAUAUAUCCGUUGGGCCAAAGGCGUCGUUCGGGCUGAAACUGAUGUGAUCAUGAUCACACAUCUAAUCAUUUACCUGUGCACCAGCGUUCCAUCAGCACUGUACCUAUUCUACAACUUCCACUGGUGGCACGGCGUUAUUCACUCAGCCGUACAAGUCUACUACAUGGGUCCCUAUACGCUGCUCAUGCACCAGCAUAUCCACAUGCGCGGCGUCUUGAACAAAAAAUACGCUAUCAUCGACACUAUCUUCCCGUACAUCUUCGACCCGUUGAUGGGACACACAUGGAACUCGUACUUCUUUCAUCACGUCAAGCACCACCAUGUCGAAGGCAAUGGACCCAACGAUCUAUCGUCAACAGUUCGCUAUCAGCGUGAUAGCUUGCUUCACUUCAUGCACUACGUUGGCCGUUUCUACCUGCUUGUCUGGUUCGACUUGCCGUGCUACUUCCUGCGUAACAAUAAGACUAGUCUCGCGCUGAAGACCGGCGGGUGCGAAAUCGCGAACUACAUAUUCUUGUACACUUUGUACGCCUACGUUAACUCCAAGGCUGCUAUUUUCGUCUUCCUGAUCCCGCUGGCACUGAUGCGCGUCGCACUCAUGACGGGCAACUGGGGUCAGCACGCGUUCGUCGACGAGGAAGAGCCGGACUCUGACUUCCGCUCGAGCAUCACGCUGAUCGACGCACCCAGCAAUCGCUAUUGUUACAACGACGGUUACCAUACCUCGCACCAUCUCAAUCCUCUGCGGCACUGGCGCGACCACCCUGUUGCUUUCCUGUCGCAAAAGCAGCAGUAUGCCGAUGAGCACGCGCUGGUCUUUUACAACAUCGACUAUUUCAUGCUGACUGUCACGCUGCUGAGCAAAAAUUAUGCGCACCUGGCGCGCUGCCUGGUGCCGAUGGGAGCGCAGUGCGAUAUGACCAUGGCGCAGCGCGAAGACAUGCUGCGGCGCAAGACGAGGCGGUUCACCGAGGAGGAAAUUGCGCAGAAGUGGGGGAAACAGUAUGCGAAGCUGAAGUAGGCAGGCAGUUGCACGAGUAGGCCGCGCAUACAAGAGUUUACAUAGAGGUAGUUUCUAGACGUGCAUCUGCAUCCACAGUACAUACUCCAAACAAGGCAUCACAUUCAGAAGCCC